AUGAUGCUGGAGAGCCGCGUCAAGGGCAUGAUAAACGAGAACACCAGCCUCGCCAGCGUGAUCCAGGGCUGGACAAAGAAGGCGGAGCAGAUCAACUAUCCGGCUCUGCUGCCUGAGGACCAGGCCACCCCCUUGCUGACAAAGAUGUUGGUUCCGGCGCCGUAUCAGGCGUCGGAGAAGAAGGCCAAGAAGAAAGGCCAGGAGGCCAGGAAUGGCCUUCGCCGUAAGGGUGCUUCGGACAUCGUGUCCGAGGACACCGAGUCCUCCUCCUCUCAUGACGAUAAUGUAGAGGAGGAAGAGAGAAACUCUCCUCCUAAGGGGAGGAAGAAGAAAAGGGCGGCUUUCGCGGAUCUGGAGGUGGAGGCGACCAAGAAGGGAAAACCCUCCCUUUCAGAUGACUCCGAAGUGGAUGCCGAUGCCAUCCCAAAGCGGCGCCCCAGGCCGAAGCCCUUGGCUGAAUCGUCAGCUGCGAAGCUGGCAGCAGCUUCUCAUGCGGCCGAAGUCUCCGAACUAAAGCGGAGGCUGGAGGCAAAACAAGUUGACACAUCUGAGGUCGAAGCUCUCAAGAGUGCGCUGGCCAAAGCCAAAAAGGAGGCAGACGAGGAACGAACCGCCCGCCAAAAGCAUGAGGCGAGGUUGGACAAAGUCCAACAAGAGCUCACAGAUGCUAUAAGAAAAUGUGAGUCUUUGGAGCGCGGGGUGUCAGAGCGAGACUCCGAACUUGCUACGGCGCUCCAAAGUGCAAAGGAGGCCCGGGUUGAAGCCCAAGGCGCGUGUCAGGAAAUCUGA